AUGGCGGCGAGCAGUGGCAAUGAGAAGCAGUCGCUGGGCAAGUUUAUGAAAAGCCAAACGAAAUACGGAACGACGACGACAGUGAUGGCGAAAAACAGAUGCUCGCAUUAUGUGAAACACAGGGUUGUGUCUGGUGAUACACUGGCUCGUUUGGCAUUAAAAUAUAGCGUUACGGUUGAGCAAAUCAAACGAGACAACAAACUAUGGUCCAAUGAAAGCUUAUUUUUAAAGGAACAUGUCUUCAUCCCGGUAACAAGAGACAAUUCUGACACUUUGCCUGAAGACACAGUUAUAGUGGGUUCAGAAUGUUUUCGCAGUCAGCAGAAUUCAUCACAAAAACAGAACAGCAAUGGUGAUCAUUUUCAGUCAGACGCACCAACAGACAAACGGACAGAAAGUGUUAGCAAUAUUGAUGUGGAAUCUUCAAAGUCAGACUCAGGGAGACUUUCAAAACCAGUUUCGGGCAAAGAAUCGGCCUUGGACUUUCUUAGCAAAUAUGAUUCCUCCAUCGCCCAGCUGAAAACAAACGUGAAAAAGAUGGAACAAAAUGCUGCGUUUUUAGAAAAAGAUUUUCCAUUGGCUGCAUCAUAUUUGCCGCGAAGACACACAAUGGGUAACGUCUCAACGCCCCCUGGUGGACCCUCCACAAUGUACAAGCGUCACAGUUACGAUAUUGACUCAGACUCUUCUCCUGUUCUUGUGAUUCGCUCCCGGACAAAGGACAUUCAGACGUCGUUAGAGAGGCUCGAGAAAACCAGCGACGAGUUCUUCCAGUUGUAACCAAGAUGAAAGACUAAGUAUUUAUUAUUUGGAGUGUGAAACAAGGGGUCAUCUCUGAAAUACCAGAAACCUGUAUUCAUUGACGAUCUUUCUAGUCACCCCAUCCAUGGACUCCAUUUUAAAUAAGUGUAGAUGAGGGUAUAUAUACGUAACUUUAAUUCUUCAACCUUUUCGCAUGUUUUAGAGGUGUUCACUCGUGCAUAUCCUGAGGGCAUUAUUCUGUGUAGACUGAUAAAAUUAAACUUUUUUGUGAAGCCCUGAAAAUAGCCAAUCCAACAAAUGUAGU